AAACAAUUUUGCCCUUUGAUGUGUUCAAGUAUUAAUAUUGCCCAAAUCUCAUACAAAGAAGAAGACGAGAGUAACUUAAAUUCAGCCGAUAUUCCUUUUGUUAUUUUUUCUAUGUUGGGAAUGAAGGGGAGGGCAAGCAGAAGAUAUUGGGAUUGAAGGUUUAUAUGUUUUUGUUUUUUCAAAAAUGGCGAAGGUCACCGACGCAUCGGCUUCCAUAAUGUUGACGUCGGGCGCUAGCGGCCGGAUAAACGCCCUGCUGUCAGUGAGGGCGUUGAGGAGUCUGGUGGUGCUGGUGAAGGCGUUGGUGCUUUUACUGUUGGUGCCGUUCCGAGGGAGGAGAGGAUCGGUUGACAGGCCAAAGGAUGAGAAGCAAGAGGUUGCGCCUGCUUCUGUUCGAAAGGCUCCGGUGGUGAGAGUUCCGGCUACGGUGACGUGGAGGUGCGGUGCGGCGGCGGUGGACCAGGAUGUGGCGGCGAGGAGAGCCCUGGCGAUUGGUAGGGUGGUUCAGGAAGGUGGCGGUGGCGGUGGCGAGAAGUCGGUCAGGGUUUCGCUGUUGGUUACUAUUAGGGGCGACACUUUAUUCACGCAGUCGUGGACGCCGCUGAGAGUCAAGAUUAGGGGACUGAUUGUUCUUAUGCAUGGCCUGAAUGAACACAGUGGCAGAUACAGUGAUUUUGCAAAGCAGUUGAAUGCUAACGGAUAUAAGGUCUUUGGAAUGGAUUGGAUUGGACAUGGUGGAAGCGAUGGGCUGCAUGCAUAUGUCCCUUCUCUUGAUUAUGCUGUUACUGACCUGAAAACAUUUAUUCAGAAGGUUUUAGCUGAAAAUCCAGGGCUUCCAUGUUUCUGCUUUGGGCAUUCAACAGGUGCUGCCAUUAUCCUAAAGGCAGUACUUGACCCGAAGAUUGAAGCCUGCAUAGAAGGUGUAGUGCUGACUUCACCUGCAGUUGGAGUAAAGCCCUCCCAUCCAAUUUUUACUGUACUGGCCCCAGUUGUCUCCUUUUUUAUUCCAAGAUACCAAUGUCGUGCUGCAAACAAGCAGGGCAUAACCGUCUCUCGGGAUCCAGCAGCACUUCUUGCUAAGUAUUCUGAUCCUCUAGUGUACACAGGAUCCAUCAGGGUUAAGACUGGUUAUGAGAUUCUUCGAAUUUCAACCUACUUGCAGCAGAACCUGAGCCGAUUGAGAGUUCCCUUUCUUGUUCUUCAUGGUGCUGCUGAUAACGUAACCGACCCAGAAGCCUCUAAAAAACUACACGAAGAAGCCUCCUCAACUGACAAAACAUUCAAGUUGUACGAAGGGUUAUUACAUGAUCUCCUCUUCGAACCAGAACGUGAAGCUAUUACCCAGGACAUAAUUGAGUGGUUGAAUUGUAGAGUAGACGGUUAGGUUGUGUUAGGGAGAAAACCGCAUUGUCCUCUCUAACUACAUAACCAAAAA